AUGAAGCUGCCGCCACCCCUUAUGGUCCGCCAGGACUUGGUUGAGUUCCAGGCUGCUGAGGAAUUAGCACAAGGUGUAGUAAGGAUUGUGGGUCGCGGUCGUCAAGGUCAGGCUGAAAAUCAAGGGGAGGCAGCUCAAAACCAGGAUGCCAAUCAAAACAAUGCAACUCAAGGAGUUAGACAGGAGCCAGCUCUUAAUCCAGGACAAUGGAGAUGCAAAUGUCCUUGGCCUAUUCUUCGUAUGCACUUGCAGUGCAAUCAUGCCAAUGAAGCCGAUGCGCUAUAUUGCACCAGGCCCGCAGAGUUCUAUGAACCUGGCCCAUUUAGCCACGGCUUCACAGCAGGAUGCGGCAGGUAA